ACUGAUGGAAAUCGUGCGUCUUCGGAUGAGGCAUGACCUACGUGUAGAAACUGCUCAGCUGCUGAAUUCAGAAUGGCCCAGAUCUUUAGCUGCUCGGCUAAUCAAUUUGGAGGAGGGUGAGGGUGUUCUUCCAUGCUCCCUGGUUCUGCUUCACAACGACCAAGAGGUGGUUGGUCAUGUUCGGCUACAUGCUGUUUCAGGGAGAUCACAUGCUGUGCUCCUUGAAUCCUUGCUGGUGAGCAGAGAGUGGAGGGGGAGAGGUCUUGGUGCUAAGCUCAUGAGUGCAGCCGAGGAGUAUGCAGUUGGCCUAGACUUCCAUACCAUCCAUCUUUCCACUCACGACAAGCAAGAUUUCUACCGUCACCUUGGUUACGAGGAUGGUCCUCCCACCUCAGCACUGCGUGAUUGUGUUGCAAGGCUCAACAAAAAACAACAGGUUGAGGUGUUAGUAUCUACCCACCCAUCGAUUAUACCUCCCCCUCCUCCUCCUCCUCCUCCUCCCCUCCCUCCAUCCCCUACAUGCACCCAGAGACACACUCUUACGUGGAUGAAGAAAAAUUUAUAAUGGUCAAAGUGUUAGGUAUUGUUGGCUUGUUGUUUCGUUUAUUCAUGUGCAUAGAACAAAUGCAAAACGGUUAAAACCCUUGUUGGAAAGGGUGGUAAA